AUGGCUACGCCCACAGUUUCAACCUUCGUUAUCUCUGUGAUCCUACAGCCCAUCAUCGUGGGGAUCAGCAGUGCUAUGCUCUCAUCCCUCAUAUCCUACGAGAUCGCUGGACAGCUUGACUGGAGGCCGAUCAUCAUAUGCAUGACAUGUGACAUUCUUGUUAUUGGUGUUGACCACCUGAAGGAUCAAGAAGUUGUCAUCAAUGCUCUGGGUGCAGCUUCCAUGAAGCGCUUUACCCCCAUGUUCCACCUUGCCCGUAUUUUUCUAGCGUUGACUGCGUCGCUGCUUGUGAUUGCUUUAAGUCAAAGUCCAUCAGAAACGACGUUCCUCACCGUAGUUUUACUACCCCCACCCCGCUUUUCUAUUCGCGCGGUAAAUUAUGAUCAAGAAGAUUCACCCGGAUCUAAGAACCCAUUCAUCAUCAAACGAGUUCCUGGCAUGAAGGCUAUAUUGGACGGUAUCAUUCGGGGCUAUGGGUUAUUCUUAGUCGUCCACUCAGCACUACAGCUAUCAUGGCAAUCAGCCAAUAACGCGCCUCCGUGGACGAUCUUCGAGACUAUCAUUUGGUCGACGGUCAAUCGCACUUGUCAUUGUAUUUUGGCCGAUGUGCGUGACUAUGACGAAGACAAGAAGGUUGGAGUGCCGACCAUACCCGUCCUUCUAGAGUCUCCUCUUAAGACCCGAAUAGUCUUGACCGUCGUUCAAGCAGCUGUUAUGAUGGCCUUCCUCCACAAUCCAUUCAUUGUAGGGAAUUGCUGCUUCACAAUUGCUCUUGCUUGGAUUCUAGGGAAAGAUUCUCCGAAAGUUUACUUCCGUCUCAGUCUUCACUCACAGUCGAUAUUCAUUAUUAUGUACGCUAUUAUGAUCGUUUUACUAUAG